AUGAUUAUACCUAAUGACCAUGUUAAUAAAAAUAAGGAGUAUAAAAAAAACUUUUAUUUUGAAGAACAUGAUGCAAUUAAUAUAGAUUUAAUUUAUGCUUUAACUCAAGCUAAUAUUCUACUUGAGAAAGUUGAUAAGCUUAAACUAUUCUUCUUGAAGUACUGUAAAAAUGGUAGUUCUAUUUUUAAAUUAACUCAAUUAUAUAGCAGAUAUUUGACUAUUGCAUUUAAUUCAGAAAUUGAGAAUUUAAAACUAUUCUUAGUUGGAAAACAAAUUUCUAUUACUAUCGACAAAUCACCUGAUAUUUGUGGAAAAGCUGCUAUAAAUAUAUUAUUUAGUUUUUAUAAUAUAACUAAACUAGUUAAAACUGAGUAUUUAGAUAUUGUUAAUAAUCCUACUAUUACACAAUUA